AUGAUGCACGGUUCCAUGCGGAUGUCCUCCGCCGGGCCAGCCGGGCCGGCCGGGCCGAUGUCCAGUUCUGCGGGCUGUCCGGCGGCCUUCCGUUCUUCAGGGAUGUCGUCAGGCUUUGCUCCUCCAGUGGACACCUUGGCACCAAUGGCAAGCCAACGGUCUGCGGGGGAGAAUGAGCUGGGGGUCUACUGCACGGUGGUGGUGUCAAAGCUCUUGGAUGUGCCUGUUGAGAACAGCAUGUUUGGGAAAGAGGCCAAGACUUAUCAGCUUCGCGUUCUGGAUCACAAGAGGAAGGAGCUUGCACGAAGUGAAGAGAUUCAAGGACUUGAGGAUCAUCAGCUGAAAGGCUUAACGGCACAAACUUUUGCUAUCCCCGAUGACUUGGGGACUCUGCAUGCCAAGACGUUGUCCAAAACCAUCCAGGUCCAGGUGGAGUUCACGGGAAUGAUGGGCAACACCAUCGGCACCUGUCAAAUCAACCGCUUGGACCUUCGAUCGAACAAGCCUUGGCCCUACGAGGUGACCUACGACAAUCAAGUCAUUUGUGGCAUUGAGCUAUGCGUUGUCGAGGAUGAGCCUGCAGAGACGGCGGCACCACUCUAUACCUCUGGCAUGGGGAUGAUGCAGUUGCAGAAGUUCACGGCGAGCAAUGUAGAUGCCGAAGACGUGCAACAUGCCGUCAGCUGCAUGCUGGAGCUGCAUGCUGCCAAAGAUCUUCCGGCACCAAGAACACCAGAUAUGAAAGACGUGGUGGUGACCGUGUUGACCGAUGGGGGCAAAGAGCUGAGGAAGAUCGGGCUCUUCCAGUCAGAGAUGUUGACUGGAAAUCAGUUGGCCUCCGUGGACUUUCGGGAAACGAGGACUUUUGUGCAGGCACCUUUACAUUUUGGUGGAGAUGCUCAGGAAGGCUCCCAGUACAUCAAGAUCGCAGUGUCGUAUGGCAAGAGGUCGGGGAGUACGACCAGCACCGAGAUCAUCGGCGUGACUGACCCGGUGAAGGUCUCCUGGAAGCCCAUGGUGAAGGACUAUUUGGCCCUGCGGAAUCCGGACAGCCGACGCCUGCUGGGCGGGAUCUACGUCUCCCAUCGCCUGGUCACGGAAGCCGAAUCGGCCUCCGUCGGCGACGACACCAUGAAGUCGGGCCGCGUGGCGCUGCCGAAGCUCACGGCGCCGCUGGAGUUGGAGCACCGCGUCUCCGGGCGCACGGGGAACUUCCCGCACGGCUCGCCGGAGGAGGCCAUCGAACAGGCUGUGAUCAAUGCAGAGGCACAGAACAGAGCCUUGCUCCAACGAUGCAAGAAGGAAGAUCAGCAGAGUCCCCAUGACUUCCCGGGCAUGCGUUUGAACAACGGCUGGCGAGAGUGGGAUAAUUUAGAUGCUCUCUUCGAGAGCAUGGGCCCUAAUCCUUUGGUGAUGUCAGAGGAUCUGGGGCCACAGGUCUCGCGUGGUUACCAGCAUAGCUCCAACUUGGCUCGCGAUGUGGCGAAGCAUCUGCCAGCGGCCAGAUCUCAGGCGGAUCAGAUGCUGAAUCUGGAGAUGCUUCGCAUGUACGUGAAGGAUGAUAUCUCCAAGGGUGAAUCCAUGAUUCGGCCCGUGGUUUGCAAGGAUGCCAAUGAGAUUGCAGGUCCACAUGAUAUGACCUGGUGUCCCGAUCCACCCGUCUAUGUUCCCAUGUCCAACUUGACGGAGAAGGACAAGGAGACGGUGCGGUUAGCGUGCUACAAGCCGGAGCAGAAUGCCUCGCUUUUGUUCGUUGAUGCCAAUCCCAAUUACAACAUCAGAGACCUGGUUUGUGAGCAUGAAGUGCCCGCUGCCGGCGACGAAGCCCACAUUCCAGAGCUGCGUGUCGCGAGGCGAGGCCAAGAGAUCUUGGUCACCUUGAGAGGCUGCGUCCCAGGUGACGAAGGAGAGGCCAAGAUCCUUCUGGAGGAGUUGGAUGCGAUGUUGCUGCUCUUCUCAGAGGAGAAUGUGGAGAAGUACACUGUGCAUGAUCUUUUGCGGGCAGUUCCACUUGCACCGUGUAGUUGUGCUCCCAUGGUCUCGCUGGAUGACCAGGUGUUGGAGAACUUUUGGAGGGAGAGAUUGAUGCAUGAGGCUGAGCUUCCACGUUCCUUCCAAGGGGCAUCAGCCGCAUCUCCCUCGUGGCAGUCUUUGCCCUUCUUGCUGCCAUCAACAUCAGUGGAAUCAGUGAUCGCGGCUUUGGCUGGGGUGCUGGGCGAAAUGUCUGGCCAGGAGGAGGUAUCAGUCCUGGUGCCACUGGGAGGUGAAGAACCUACCGGUUGGUUUCCCUUGUGCCUUGCGAAGGUGCAGUCAGACUUUGAGGUGGCUGCAGAGCUCACCAAGAUGGAAAAGCACGCCCUGGUGCCACGCUACGCUCUGGAAAGGCUGAUGGCACGACCAUCGAGGCCUUCUGCCGCAGUGCUCCAGGUCAAAGGUCCAGCUUGCGGUGCGUGGUGUUUGUCCACAAGCUUGCAGCAAUGGGGUGAGAGAUGCAGUCAGCGAGUACGCAGUUCCGUUGCAUCUCAUCGAGAUUUAGAGAGUGUUGAGCUCAUGGUGGCCUUGGGUACCGUGGACAUCUGCACCAGGAGCAAGACGUGUGGGUUGAUGAUCUUCAAUGAGGCCUGUGGCUUUGACCAGCCCAUGGCACAAGCACUUGCCAAGCGUCUCACUGCCCACUUCGAUGAAGACCCGUCCAAGCAAUCCAAGCCACGCGAUGGUUUGUCCAACCUUCUUCACACCUCGGGCGUCGCCGGCUCCCCGCCCUUGCUGCGCACGAACCUCCUGCGGCUGCUGCUGCAGAGCGCCCAGCGCACGCCGCGCAGCACGGCGGCGGCUGACGUGGGAAUUGCGUUGAGCUACUCCGAGCUGCUCUCCUGUGCAGCUGCAGCUUCGGAAGAGCUGAUGGUGUUUGCCGGCUCCAGAGCCAUUGUGGGUGUGUUAGCUGAACGUGGUGUGGCUGCUUUAGUGGGCCUUCUCGCAGCCAUGUUAGUAGGUGCUGCUUAUUGCCCGCUCAUUCCAUCGCAGCCGCCAAACCGGCUGGCCUCGAUGAUCUCCGUGGCUGCCAUCCGGGCUUUGCUCUUCCACCCCUCUGCCGAAGAGCUCGCCCACGAACUCCAACAACUCACGAGCCUCAACACGGUGUCAAUCCAAUUGGAUGCUUCAGUGAGGAGUCGCUCUCUCCAUGAGAUCUCCCUGUCCCGGGCCAGCUCUGGAGAUGAGCCGAUGCACGUACUCUUCACAUCAGGAUCCACGGGCACUCCCAAGGUGGUGCGAGCAUCGCACACCGCCGUCCUGACGCAUUUGCUCCACGUGGUGCGGACGCAUCAGCUGCAAGCGACCGAUGUGGCCUUGCAACACACCAGCCUCGCAUGGGUGGCUGCAGCCCCCGAACUCUGGACGCCUUUGCUUGCUGGGGCACAGCUGGCGAUUGCGCCGUUGGCACCCAAAGGAGGAGCAAAAGAUUUGGAAAUGCUGGCUCAGUUUGCCAAGCGUUGCAGCUUGCAGCAGUAUGUGCCUUCGGUUCUCCAGGCCAUGCUGCUGGCUGACUUGCCCGUGAGUCCAGCUUGCCGUCAUCUCGUACUGACAGGUGAGCCUUUGCCGAUGGAGCUUUGCAAUCGACUGCAGAGCCAUCAUCGGCAGCUCCGAAAUCACUACGGUCAGACCGAAGCAGCGGACACCACCACUGUCUUUGUGGUGGGCGCGGGCAGCGGCGCCCCACGCGGAGCCUCUGUGCCCCUGGGACAGCCGGCCACACAGCGCCAGGUUUGGCUGACAAAUGGAAAUGGAAAGCUUUGUGACAGCGCUGAACUAGGUGAACUCCUGGUUGGUGGCCCGGGGUUGCAUCUGGACCAAACCAUGGAGGAGUCGCUGUUGGGUGCUGGUCCAGUCUUGCACACGGGCGAUUUGGCGCGAUGGGUGUCUCUCAACGGCUCGAUGGAGUUGAUCUGUUUGGGUCGCAAGGAUCGACAGGUGAAGGUGCGUGGUCACCGGUUGGAGCUGCUUGAAAUUGAAGCCGUCAUGAAGCAAGAGGCAGAAAGUCUGAAUUUGCAAGUGGAAGCAUUGGUGACUCUGGACAUCAGGAAGAAGUUGGUUGCCUAUGUACGACCGCCCUUGUCAGCCCAUCAAGUGGAGAUGUUGCUGAAGGGAUGUCAGCAGAAGCUACUGGCACAUGCCAUGCCCGUGGACGUGGUGGGAGUCGAUGAGUGGCCACGCACCUCCAGUGGAAAAGUCGAUCGAAAGGCCCUGCCAGCACCAGAGACGACCGCUCCAACAGAGGAUAGCCCAGCAAAAGCAGCACCAAUCGAUGCCUCAGUCUAUUUGAGACGGUCCCCAUUGGCUCCCGACAAAAUUCGAGAGAAAGGUUGGCAGCUACUCCGUGGCCUUUUGCUGGGGCUGGUGACCAGCAGAGGCAGUGCCUGGAGAAUGUUGCUACUCCCUUUGGUUUGGUCAAGUUGGCAGCAGCUUCUCGUGCCUCGGCACAGAGGGAGCCUUUUUGCACAGGAUUUGAGUGGGCGGAUGCCUUCAAUUUGCACCAAUCUUCUCCUGGCUCUUUUGCCUUGGCGCUUCUUCCUGGCCGCCGCCUUCUUCGGCGCGUGGCGCUUGGGCGUGCGCAGCGUGGGACGGUCGCUGAUGUGGUGGAUGGGUCUCAGCGGACUGGAGCGGCAAGUGCGCCAGGACCUGGAGUGGUACAGUUGGUAUUUGCGUCCUGAUCGGAGUCUUCAAUUGGCCAGGAUGGCCUUCACGGGCUGCAAAGAGUUGCUGCGGCGUCUCUCUGUGGGACGACUUCCGGCGAAGAGGCCCUUGGACUGGGACUGGGAUGUGCCACAGAGGCGGCCACGCCGGCGACCACGCUUGGAUUAUGUUUGGGUCGACAUCGAGACGCAGUUACCUCACCAGGCCCCGAAGGUUCAGGUUCCCUCGCCAGAGCUCUCCUACCGUGAGCUUCGUUUGUUUGAGCGCUUGGAAGAGGAAGCUGGAGUCCGUUUGGAUGCCCGCAUGCCCUUGUCGACUGCCUUCGACUCCCUCCGGCUGACGGCGCUGGUGGGUGCCUUGCGAAGAGCCGUAGCGCCAAGACUGACCUUGCGAGAGGCGCUCGCGUGCGACACGGUUUGGGACCUGCUGAAGCUUACCAUACGUCGAUCGGAGGCUCCAACGGAUGCGGAAGACCAAGGUCUAAAGCAAGCACGCGAGGGAGGUAUGGAGCCAUGCUACUUCAGAGUCAGAGAAUGGCCUUACAUGUUUGCGAUGUCCGUUUGUUGGGCAUUGGAAAGCCAGGGACCUUGUGGCCAGAAGGAAUGUGCUGCCAUCGAAAGAGCCUUGCAAAAGUUGGUCGAUCGGCAUGGUGCCCUCUCGAUGAGGCUAGCAGAUCCUCCUGCUACAUGGGAUUUGGCCAUGGAAGCUGCGGCCAAUUUGUCCUUGACCCGAGCCAUCCUAGGAGACCGCACACGAGAGAUCAGGGGGCGUGUGUGCCGAAGAGGACGAGAGAUCAGCGGACUUGGCAGAAUCAUGGACUUCAUAGGUUGGCUUUUGUGGACUGCGUGGCCCCGGCUGCAGCACGAAAGACACCUACCUGGAGGCCCUGGAGGAGGGCCUGACCGAGCCACAGAAUCCGUACAGCUUGAUGUGGUGCAUUGUGAGGAUUCUGAGCAGCUCGAGGGGCGAUCUGCAUGGCUUUUGGAUGGCCGGAACGGUCGUCAAAUUCUUCAAGCCCCCAUCCAUGCGGUGCUGCUGAAAGACUCCAGCAGAUCUCGGCUCCAUGUGGCUGUAAGCCAUGGACUAGCAGAUGGGUUUUCAGGUUUGCCGCUUCUAAAGGACUUCAUCCGUUUUUAUAAGCAAAUCUGUGAAAGCGGAGAGGUUUCAGAAGAGGAGGAUGCUUUUGAUCGCUUCUCAGGGCUCUCUUCGCAAGAAGCGAGGCUGAAAGGAGCGCUGAUGGUUUCAGCAGCAGCUACUGAGGUGGCAGAUAUUGCAAGCUGGGCCUUGCCGUUCUCAUCCUAUGAGGGUUUCGAUCACUUCAUUUGGCUGCAGCAAGCUUCCAUGGAAACCCUUCGAUCAAUCGUUGAACAUCGACACUGGUGCUGCUCGUUGGAUGUGGCGGUUUUGGCCCUUCUGGGCUGUGCACUUGCUCGUCUUCAUCCUCCAUCAUUGCACUUGCGCUUCGUUGCAUCUGCAAGAGAUCAAGGAGAUGAAGGCAGCGUGGCGGACUUCGCCGAUGCCCGCGACCUGGACGUGGCCUUCGACGACGCCAUCGGCCUCGAGGAGGCCGCGCGAUGCCUCGCGGAUGGCGUGCGACAUCGGCACUGGAGGGUGCCGGAUCCCAGGACCAGCAGUGAAGAUCGGAUUUACAUCAACGUGCGCCCACUGCUGGAGGUGAACAGUUCUUCCACCGACGAAAGCGACUGGCACCAUGUGACGCAGUGGCCGCCUGUGGAAGGUGAGCGAAACUGGGACCGGCGUAACGUGAAUCACGCGUUGUGGAUCAUGGCUGAUCAAGUGUCGUUGCUGGAAUGGGUCUUUUGCUUGAAGAUCCGGGCCAGCCGCAAGGAGGAUCGAAGCUUGGGCCGUGUGCUUGAGCAAGUCCUCAAAGACAUCGUGCUGAGACCUGAUGUUCCAUUGCACCGGAAGGAACAGCGACUCGGCCACAUGUUGGAAAGCACCUUUUGUCAUACUUUGUGCACCAUUUGUACACUGGGAAAGCGUGAAGCACACACAUGUUGUCAUGUCAAGGGCCCACAAGUGCAUUGCCCAGGCAGCCUGAAUCAGAUAUGCGAGCUGCAAAAGAGUUGCCUCAAUUGUUGA